AGAAUUUAACAGGCAAAACAAGCUCACAGAAACUUGAGAGAUACGUAGGUAAUCACUGUGACAACAUAAAAUGAUAGCAACAUCAAUAUCUUCAUUAUAUUGUCAGUACGACACAGUAUAAUAGGUUUUAUAGCAAACACAGUCUGUAGAAAUAGCAUGUCAUCAUAGCACAGAGCAGCCAUAGCAACAGUCAGUAGUCAUAGCAACAGUCAGUAGUCAUAGCAACAGUCAGUAGUCAUAGCAACAGUCAGUAGUCAUAGCAACAGUCAGUAGUCAUAGCAACAGUCAGUAGUCAUAGCAACAGGUAAUACUCUGAAAGUCUGUUGUGGAUAUAGCAUCUGUGAGACGUUGGCAUUCACAUCAGUCUGUAGGUAAAUGUGUAGCAAUAUACGCUACAAAUCUAUAAUACACUUUGUUAACCAUUGAAAUGAUCAUCAACACGAUCACUACAUAACUAUAUAGAACCUGUGUAAUCAGACAAUCUCCCAUACCUCUGUAAUCUGACACUUCAUUGUUAUCGCUCUCACCCAGACUACAAUUUGAAAAAUGAUUUCCAUAGCUAUCUGUACAUAUCUGUAGGAUCCUACAAAGAAACAUUUACAGCUACUUUAAUUUCCAACCAUUUACAAACAUAAACAAUGAAAGGACUUGGGAGAAGGGAGGUACACAUAUUUUUUAUAAUUUCUAUAUGUUUUGAACACUUACAAUAUAAGCAUAUGAUUUGAACAUUAAUAUGCCUAAUUUAUUGAGAUUCAUCGCCAUGGUAAAGUUAAUAUGACAGGUCUUUGUCAUUGCCUUUCUAAAUACAAGAUAUGAACUUCAGUCUACAUACACAGUUCCUGCACAAUGGCUCUCUGUUGGCAUCUCAUCAACUAUACCUUAAAUGGACAGCACUCAAAUCUUACUACAGUACCGUUACUACACACAGGUCUUACUACAGUACCGUUACUACACGCAGGUCUUACUACAGUACCGUUACUACACACAGGUCUCACUACAGUACCGUUACUACACACAGGUCUUACUACAGUACCGUUACUACACAGGUCUUACUACAGUACCGUUACUACACACAGGUCUUACUACAGUACCGUUACUAUACACAGGUCUUACUACAGUACCGUUAGUACACACAGGUCGUAACCAUUGUCCAUUGAGUACUGUUACUACACACAGGUCUUACUACAGUACCGUUACUACACACAGGUCUUACUACAGUACCGUUACUACACACAGGUCUUACUACAGUACCGUUACUACACACAGGUCUUACUACAGUACCGUUACUACACACAGGUCUUACUACAGUACCGUUACUACACAGGUCUUACUACAGUACCGUUACUACACACAGGCCUUACUACAGUACCGUUACUACACAGGUCUUACUACAGUACCGUUACUACACACAGGUCUUACUACACACAGGUCUUACUACAGUACCGUUACUACACACAGGUCUUACUACAGUACCGUUAGUACACACAGGUCUUACUACAGUACCGUUAGUACACACAGGUCUUACUACAGUACCGUUAGUACACACAGGUCUUACUACAGUACUGUUACUACACAGGUCUUAUACUACAGUACCGUUACUACACACAGGUCUUACUACAGUACCGUUACUACACACAGGUCUUACUACAGUACCGUUACUACACACAGGUCUUACUACAGUACUGUUACUACACACAGGUCUUACUACAGUACCGUUAGUACACACAGGUCUUACUACAGUACCGUUACUACACAGGUCUUACUACAGUACCGUUACUACACACAGGUCUUACUACAGUACCGUUACUACACACAGGUCUUACUACAAUACUGUCCCUGGCCUACACACAUCUCACUUCAGUAAUGUUCUUUGUGCAAACACAAACAGUAUACCCAUGUCUGUUAGUAGUCUGAUGUACACAAGUAUUGAAAUAGUCUGCUUGGUUGUAAGAUUACUUAUUGAAAUACAUGUAGCCAAUAGAUCUAAUUGUAUUAUUCAAAUUCCAUUCCAUGUGUGUCUUUGGUAAAUUCCUCACCUUGUACAACAAUAUAUAUCACAUGAUCUAGUAUUACAAUAUCACAUGAUCUUGUAGUUCAAUAUCACAUGAUCUAGUAUAACACAAUUUCACAUGAUCUAUUAAUACAAUAUCACAUGAUCUAGUAUUACAAUAUCACAUGAUCUAGUUUUACAAUAUCACAUGAUCUAGUAUUACAAUAUCACACAAUCUAGUAUUACAA